ACUGAAUGGCCUGAGGAGGGAGACAGGCCAGUGAUGGGGCUGCCUGGCGGCCAUUCCAGGAAGGCAGGGGUAUUUGCUUGGAGCGGUCAUUCUCCCAUGCCCAGAACAGUGCCCAGGCACACAGUAGGUGCUCAAAUGUUUGUGGAGUGACUAGCUGUUAACUCUGGGCGUUACAAGCAUUUUCUUGGUUGUUCUCUCCGCUGCCUCAUAUGAGGCUGAGAGCUCACCAAAACCCACAUUACAGACGAGGCAACGCUCAGAACAGCAAAGAUGCUUGCUCAGGGUCACACAGGGCGGGGUCUGACACCUGUCUGAAUUCUUUACCCAGAGUCUUUAAGCAUAAUUAACCUAUUUGGCUACAUAACUACAUAGGCUACAAAGAAUCCUGUCUACCUCUGUUGGGGGCAGGGGUCUGUUCUGUGCCGUGGUCGGGUCUCCAGGCCUCAGGUCCUCUCCAUAAAAGGAACAGAAGGGAUUGGACCAUCAGAUGAGAUCAUGGGAUGGGAAAUUUUUCCAAGAUUUUUAUUAGUGGUAGUAGGAACAGCUAUUACAUCACAAGUGCCUACUAAGUUCUAAGGCAGUUUCUCAACUCCGUUAGAGGUUUUUAGAAAAUACACUGAUUCCGGGGCCCGGGGGUCCUCCCUUUCUAGACCUAUGCCCCCGGGUUUGUAUGCGCGGUGGAGACCCCUCCUCCCUAGCAAACCGCCUGGGAGAGAGAAAGGCGCCGGCGCCCGGGCCGCACCCCGAGGACAGGGCCGCGCCAGCGCCGGCCCAGGUCGCCGCGCUGGGACGCGGCCCUCUCGCCAGGUUCCGGGAGCGCGCGUGUGCACAGGGCCCCGCGGCGCGCAGCGCGGACCGGAGCGGCGGUCCCCCACCCCCGCCGCGUGUUGAAAUUCAAACGACGCGAACUCGCUCCGUGCGGCGCGACGGCCGGCAGAGAGGUCGAGGCAGAGGCGAGCUGGAGGGGGCCGCGCUCCCAGCCCAGGAGAGUCCGACGUUCCCGGGGCGGGGUCGAACCCGCGCCGACGCGAGCGGCGGAGGCUUAAGAGAGCUCUGGUCCCCGCCUACCAAUGGCUACGGAGCAGUGGUUCGUGGGACCGCUGCCCCCGGGCCCCGGGGAGACGCAGUCCCCUGACGACUUGGAAUCUGGGGCACAGCCCUGCGGAGAUCUCUCGUGGUCCACGCCCCCUGGCCGACCUGGGGACCCACCCGAGGCGGAGCCCCAGGACCAGGACGUCCAGGGGCAGCUGCCCGAGGCCUCUACUUCCAUGCCCUACCCCGAGCCUCUGGCCCCAGGCCCCGGGCACCCACCUCCUCGCCUGCCCUUAGACACCAUGUUCAGCCCCAUCACCGAACAGCUGCGCUACCUGCUCAAGAAGGCGGACGAUUUCCAGAGCUACUUGCUCUACAGCAGAGACCGGGUGCAGAAGGACCAGCUGGCGAAGGCCAUGCCCACCUUCCUGCACAUAUGUGAGCCCUACUUCCUGUACCUAGAGGCGGCCGCACGCAGCGUGCCCCCCAUCUAUGGAGCCCUGCAGGAGCUGCUCCGCAAGGGGCUGUUGGAGAUCUCCCAACAGCUGACCCUUCGCCUGGAACAGGUGGUCCUCAUGUACGCUUCCUUUGGGUUCGUGGGCCUGGAGGAGACUGACCCCCUGAGCAUCUCUUGUUUCUUCUGCGGAAGGUUUGCCAUCAGCCCUUCCCACGAGGUGUCCAUCUUCAGAUACUGUGCCCCAGCCGCCUACACUGCCAGCCGCUUCCCCAGAUACCUGUAUAAGAAGAUGCGCUGGAACCUGGAAACCACCCCUGAGCCCAGCGUCCAGGGGCAAGACUCCUACGUGGAUUACUACUUCCUGUGCUAUCGGGACACCUGGGAAGACACAGGCUCAAGUCCGGCCAAUUCGUGCCCCCAGAUCCAGAAGCUGUGGUCCAUUGGCCGAUGGGUGCCGCUCGAGCCCGCCGAGGAUGACCUGUAUUCAUGGAUCUUGUGCCCGCAGCCGCUUGGGGACUACCAGCAGCUGCUGACCAUCGGCUUCGAGGAACCGUCGCACACGCUGGCCACCGACCUGCUGGUGCAGAUGCUCACGGGCCAGGCGGGCCCGGCACGGCCCCCGAGAGCAGCCGGGCCCGCGGCGUGGGCCGCGCAGGGGCCUUGAACCCGGAGAGCGAGCGGGGAAAGCUGGCGCCUGACAGCUGCAAACUCCUGGAGAGGGGCGGGGGCCCUCCCUCGCUCUGCUGGUGCAGCUCGGCCUCGCCUUCCCCGGGCCGGGCUGAGCUGGGCCGGGCCGAGCUGGGCGGUGCGCUCCAGGGCCGGUCGGGCCGGGGGCCCUGCGCGCCGACUCACCAGUUUUGUGUUAAAUAAAGAAAGAGGUCACA